AUGAAAGACAAGCGACUAGCCGUUCUGGCGGUCCAGGAGGCUCACCUCACGCCCGAACGUAUUGAUAAUCUCAAUUCCCUCUUCGCAGCCUCGCUCCUCAUCCUGGGUUCUCCGGAUCCUGAAAACGGCGCCGCCGCCAGGGGCAUUGCCUUCGUAAUAACCACAAUCCUGCUGCCCUGGUCCAAGGAUAAGUCAAUCUCCAUUGCAAACGUAUAUGCGCCCAAUGCGGCACGCGAAAAUGCGGCUUUCUGGGAUGAGCUCAACGCGAUCUGGGCCGUACCUGGGUGCCGCCGCCCGGAAGUAAUGCUGGGCGAUUUCAACAUGGUUGAAAACGCGCUGGACAGAGUCCCAGAACGAGCGGACGUGGACGUAGUGACAUGCGCGCUGAGCUCUCUGCUCUCGCUCACGGACCUUCAAGAUUCCUGGCGCAAAGCACACCCCAACGAACGCUCGUUCACUUUCCGCCAGCCAGGAUCCGCCACUGUGUGCCUUGUUACUCAGACCAGUGUCUGA